GUGAAGAGUCGAGAGACUGCACAUUCACUUUCACAGGCAUUCACAUUCAGCGGGAGGCAGGAGCUGCGCACGCGUAGUCCGGCUUUGUGGGGAGCAGGGAGUGUACAUGCGCCGUCUCUGUGCUCUGGGGAUGGCAAAGGGUCUUCAUUCUCACAGAGUGACUGUGUUUCUCUCUGAUCAAUGCCUGGUUCGUGCUGCAGUUCAAACCGGUGGUUGAUAGUGUGAGCAGCAGAACUGUGAAGCUGAGGCCGGCGAAGAUCGACGCGAGCAUCGUGGACUUUUAUUCUUUGAAUUUGCCUCCUCCAAGGAGUUAAUGUUUGCUGCUAAGUGGGAGGAUAACAUCAGGCUCACGUUCAUCUCGAGCGGCGGCCUGUCAAAAUUUAUUUUUGGAAACGCCAGUUUUAUUUUGUUGCUUAGGAUUGUUUUGGAGCAAAGAAAUCGGUUUUAGGAGGAGACGGCGUGUGACGUGGCGCAGCAACUGACAUGGAGCCCGGGGAGGAAAUAGACAUGGACGUUAUGAAACCUCUAAUUGAAGUGACUCAUAGUUCUGAAGGUGUAUCAGAUGAAGAACAAGAACCUGAAUUAACAGACUUACAAUUGCGACAACCUGCUGAUGAAGAGGGAAUUUCGUUUACCCAGACAUUAAUUCACUUGUUGAAAGGAAACAUUGGAACUGGGCUUCUAGGUUUGCCACUUGCAGUCAAAAAUGCAGGUCUUUUGCUAGGACCAGUCAGUCUUGUGUUCAUGGGAAUUGUGGCAAUUCAUUGUAUGCAUGUUGUAGUCCGCUGUAGUCAUCACUUCUGUCAAAGAUUUCAAAAACAAGGUCUGAGUUAUGGUGACACAGUUACAUUUGCUUUGGAACAAGGACCACUCUUAUAUCUUCGAAGCAAAGCUUCAUGGGGAAGGGUGACUGUUGAGUUCUUCCUCAUCAUUACACAACUUGGAUUUUGCUCAGUUUAUUUUGUUUUCCUUGCUGCUAACAUGAAACAGGUGGUGGAAGGAUUUCUGAAGAAUCAUACAAAUUACAAUGACUUGAACAUUACCAGCAGUCCACCUGAUGAGUGGAACGUUGAUGCAAGGAUAUACAUGCUGAGCUUGCUUCCUUUUUUGAUCAUUUUUGUUUUUAUUCGUGAUCUCAAGUACCUUGCAGUAUUCUCUUUUUUGGCAAAUCUCUCAAUGGCUGUCAGUCUUGUUAUCAUCUAUCAGUAUAUUAUUAGGGACAUGCCUCAUCUAGGGAAGCUUCCUUUGGUUGCCAGUUGGAAAAAAUAUCCGCUUUUCUUUGGCUCUGCAAUAUUUGCUUUCGAAGGAAUUGGGUUGGUUCUUCCUUUAGAAAAUAAAAUGAAGCAAAAAAAACGUUUUCCACGAGCACUAAACAUUGGAAUGGGCAUUGUCACAGCUUUGUAUAUUUCAUUGGCUACUCUUGGGUAUCUGCACUUUGGUGAUCAUGUUCAGGGCAGUAUCACAUUAAACCUUCCACAACACAUAUGGUGUAGUAAGGGAUGACGUCAUCCUUUUGUGAAGUGGCCUUUGGAGCAUCCUGCAAUUGAGAUGACGUCUUCCUACCUGCGUCCCUCCUCUUCCUCUGCUGCUCCCUCCUCAGGCAAGAUGAUAGUACCUUCUUCUGAGGUAUCAGCGAUGGAUUGGGAUGUAGAAUGUUUGAAUAUUUUUGGAUUGCCAGCAUAUUGAAAGUAUUUUUUUUUUUGAAGACUUGAAUAAGACAUUUGACAACUAUCUGUUGACCAAGUCUGUGAAUGUAGAUAAAAGUAGAACUGAAAAGUGUUUUGAAACUGUUACAUAGUGUUAUGGGUAUCCAUAUCAAGUAAACUUACAUGAUGCAUUAAGGUCAACCGUUUAGACAGUGCAUCAUAUCAUUUUAGUAUGAAAGUAGCAAUGCCAAACCUGAAAUUUUCAUCAGAAUGCUUUCCUCAUUAUUUGAUCAAUUGAAAAUUAUGGUUACUAGUGCUAUGUUGUUGUUUGAAGAUGUGGUAUUUUCUGCCUCUUCCUUGAAGUUUAAUUUGCACUAGCUUCCCAAUUAUGUAACAAGAGCAUUGACAGUGCCUUGCAGUCUUCUAGGUCCCCUUUUAUCUUUAAAACUUUUUUUUCCACUACAAUGAGCCAUUAAUUGUCCAUCAACUGCAGGUAAUGGGCAUUUGAAGCAUAUGCAAUUUUCCUCCAAGCCAGUCAUCCUGAUUUGGAACUGUACUGUCAUUCCUUCACUGUUGAGAGAUAAAAUCCUGGAACGUCUUUUCAGCAGCACCAUGGGUGUACCUGCACCAGAUGCACAGCAGCAGUUUGUGAGGGUGACUUACCAUAACCCUCUUGAGUGCAGUUAGGCAUGUACAACAAGUGGCUGGCUACGUCAGCACUGCCCAAACCCCAUGAAAGAAUAAAAAGCUAUUUAGAUAUAAAGUUUUUGUUCUUCAGGCAUUUUCUUAGACACUAUUGGGUGUAUGUCAGGUCAUUACACUUCAUGCCAAAGGAACACCACCUUAGAUGCUUUAGAUGUUUCCAAAAUUGGUUUAAGCUCAACUUCCUGAGGACAACAUGGAAACCUAUUGACUUAGAUGCCCUUGGCAAUGUUGUUGUUGUUGUUAAUGGACCUGGAAUGUUGGCAACACUACAAAUGGAGCGUUACUUCUACCUUUGGACCAGUGAUGUUGCUGUGCUCUUCCAAAAGUAGAAAUGCUGCUUUUAACAAUUGAUACUAAAACACAUGAUAAGCCAGUAGCUAAGACACAAAUAUGCUUUGCAGACUGUAUACUGCAUAAAUAAAUUUCACAGUUAAGGUUGCAUUGACUUAGGCUGUUCCUAGAUUUGAAAUUGGAUAUAUCGUUGUUUCAUUAUUUUGUUCUGUAGUUGACAGACAUUCAACAUUAAGAUUAGUUUAGUGCACUUUUUUUUUACAUCUAUACUUUUGUAUGUGAUAUUUUCACUGGGAUCUGACUACUUCAUUUAAGACAUCCAGUUUUAACAACAUAUGGUUAUAUAGAAUUUGAGGUUUGACCAGAUGCAGGUGAAUUAACAAAAUGCCAUUCAGUAACACAAAAACAAAGAUUUUCACUUAUUUUAAAGAAUUUUAUUUUUCUAUUUGCACAAUUCUUUGUAAAAGACAUAACAUCUGAAAGAAGCCAAUAAGCUUUUGUGUUCCGCAGUUCCGAAGUUGCUGCUCCUACUUGAUGAUAUGCAGUUUUUACAUGCAACACUGAUUGAGUUGCCAUUGUAUUUUUCUACUUGAAAGAGAAUUAAGAGCUUGCAUGGUGUAUUGGUUACAUUGAGAUUACUUUCUUUUUAGUAGAUAUAAUAUAGAACAAAUGGGAAGAGAGAGAGACAGAAAAUUAGAUUAGAUUACAUUACAGUGUGGAAACAGGCCCUUCGACCCAAC